AUGCCCAAUGUCACUGCAAUUACUGGAUUCAUCCUCAUGGGGUUCUCUGACAUCCAUGAGCUACAGACUUUAUGUGGAGUGCUCUUCCUAGUGAUGUACAUGGCAGCUGUAAUAAGUAACCUGAUCAUCAUCACUCUCACCACCUUUGAUCUGCAGCUUCAAACACCCAUGUACUUCUUCUUGAAGAAUUUGUCUUUGCUAGAUACCCUUUUUGUGUCUGUUCCUAUUCCAAAUUUCUUUGUCAAUAGCCUAACUCACAACAAUUCCAUUUCCACUCUUGGUUGUGUCUUCCAGGUAUUUUUAAUGACUUCAUUUGCAGCAGGAGAAGUGUUUGUCCUGACUGCCAUGUCCUAUGACCGCUAUGUUGCCAUUUGCAGCCCUCUGCACUAUGAUGCCAUUAUGAAUGGUGGCACCUGUGUACAUUUGGCGGGGGUUUCCUGGGCUAUUGGGGUAAUAAUUGGAGUCAUAUAUACAGCUGGCACAUUUUCCAUGCCCUUCUGUGGUUCCAACAUGAUUCCGCAGAUUUUUUGUGAUAUUCCCUCAUUGCUAAGGAUUUCAUGCUCCAAAACACUUGUGGUCAUUUAUUCAAGUCUUGGAAUUGGUGUUUGUGUGGGCGUAUCUUGCUUUAUCUGUGUGGUGAUCUCUUACUUUUACAUUUUCUCCACCGUGCUUAAGAUUCCUACAUCUAAAGGUCAGUCCAAAGCAUUUUCCACGUGCAUCCCCCACCUCACUGUUUUCACUGUUUUCAUUGCUACUGCUUGCUUCGUCUAUGUGAAGCUGCCCUCCCACAUACCAUCAAUUACAGACAGGCUUUUUUCUGUGGUCUACACUGUGUUACCUCCAGUACUUAAUCCUGUGAUCUACAGCCUGAAGAACACGGAUGUCAAGUGUGCUCUGAAGAGGUUGAAGCAAAAUCUCCGCCUAGGGUUUUCAUUUCACUGA